AAUACCGGGAACAAAUGAACCUCGCCACCUCCUACUUGGAUGCUUCCGCUAUCUAUGGCAAUAGUCAUCAACAGAUGGAAAAACUCCGAACCUAUGAUGCCGGCCUGCUCAACGUUUCUGCUUGUGCUGCUUGUAGGUCAAACGCACUUUAUUCCGCCUUAUUGAAAGAACAUAACAGAGUUGCGGUUGAUCUUGCUCGUCUGAACCGACAUUGGACCGAUGAGAAGAUAUUUUUGGAAAGUCGCAGGAUCGUUAUAGCAGAAAUUCAACAUAUCACGUACAACGAGUUUCUUCCUAUUGUUCUUGGAGAGGAAGCUAUAGUACACUCAGAACUAGAGUUGAAGUCUCACGGCCGAUUCUCAAAAUACUCCAGUGCCAGAAGAACAGGAAUAUUCAACGAAGUCGCCAUGACAGCCUUGCCUGUUUUACUCUCUACUCUACCAGGAAACGUGAUGAACGAGAGCGUGGAAUCUUUUGCUGAAAUGGUGGACCUACUGAUAACCACUCCAUCACAUAACCCCAGCAUUCACAUAAUGGUACCAGUUAGACCAGAAUGGGACACAGCUUCUUUGUUCAUCCACAUGGGCAGAGAUCAUGGCAUACCUUCUUAUCCCAGUGUCUUGCACUUCUGCUCGAACUCGACAAGUAAAAAAGUGUUAUCUUUCGAAAACUUGAAGACAUUUGGCAUCUCAGAUGAAUACAUCAAAGCCCUCAAAUAUCUGUACACAAGUCCUCAAGAUAUUGAUCUCUUGGUUGGAAUAUUAUUGGAGAAACCCAUUCCUGGUACCAUGGUGGGGUCAACCUUGAACUGCCUCUUGAAAGAACAGUUCCAGAUUCUGAAGGAAACAGACAGAUUCUGGUACGAGAACGACCUGCCACCUAGUUCUUUAACAACGAGUCAGUUGAAGGAAAUCAAAAAAAUUACGCUUGCGGGUUUACUGUGCGCAAAUACAGACGACCUGGAAAAAAUUCAACCUAAAGCGUUCGUUCAAGAAGACAUAUAUUUGAAUUCUAGGAUUUCUUGUGACCAGCACCCUCUUCCGCAGCUAUCAGAGUGGGUGGAGAUGGAUCAUAUGACGGAUUUAUCGGAAGAUCUACUGAUGGAUGCACUUGCCAAAGCUGAACAGGAAGUUUUAGAGCGCAGAAAGAUGGAAUAUGCAGUAUGGAGUAGAGUUGGUGGUGUGAAUCCGAAAUCUUCCUUAGGAACGGCAGCUUCUUUCAGCAAAGCCAAUAAAAAUGCCUUGAAACUAGCCAACUCAUCUCUACUUUUAGAAUUCGCAUCCAAUGAAAUCAUCAAUUCGCUUCUGCACCGUCGAAGAAAGAGGCAACUUUUCGAUGACAACAUAAUACCGUCGAUUUUCAGAGACGAACUAACAGAAACUCUUCAGCAAAUCGACUUUGCAGCUUUGAUACCAGCUGAAACGUUUGAUGUUGAUCUUCAUUGCGAUGAUACGGCUCCUUGUGAUCGCAAUUCGCCUUUCAGGACCAUGACAGGACAUUGCAAUAACCUGAGAAAUCCGAGCUAUGGCAAGAGUUUGACCGCUUUCAAUAGGCUUCUUCCUAGCGUUUAUGAUGAUGGUAUCUCCAAACCGCGAUCAAUUGGUGUGACUGGCAUUCCACUGCCCAACCCUAGAGUUGUAUCAAGAGUCAUCCAUCCCGACAUCAGUAACCUUCACAACAGAUACACCCUCAUGACUAUGCAGUUCGCUCAGAUUCUGGACCACGACCUCACCAUGACUCCAAUCCAUAAGGGAUUCCACGAAUCAAUCCCGAACUGUAGACCCUGCAGCAGCCCCAGAACAGUUCAUCCAGAGUGUAAUCCUUUCCCGGUACCGGCAGGAGAUCACUACUAUCCAGAAAUAAAUAUAACAUCUGGAGAGAGAAUGUGCUUCCCCUUCAUGAGAUCUUUGCCUGGCCAGCAGAAAUUGGGACCUCGAGAACAAGUCAACCAAAAUACCGCUUUUUUGGACGCCUCCGAAGUGUAUGGGGAAAACCAUUGUGUUUUGAGAGAUCUGAAGGGACCAUAUGGUAGAAUGAAUUUCACCAGGCAUCCCGUUAGGGGUAAAGAUUUGUUGCCAACUACUGAUAAACACCCAGAAUGUAAGUCAGCGUCUGGACAAUGUUUCAUUGCAGGUGAUGGUAGAGCUUCAGAACAACCCGCUCUCACAGCCCUUCACACCAUCCUUCUUCGAGAACAUAACAGAAUAACGGACGUUUUACGCCACCUCAACCCUCAUUGGAGCGAAGAUAAUCUUUUUGAGCAUGCCAGGAAGAUAUUGAUAGCUGAGAACCAACAUAUAACUUAUAACGAAUUUUUACCGAGGAUCUUGGGCUGGAACGCUAUGAAUCUCUAUGGUUUGAAGCUUCUACCACAGGGAUAUUACAAGGAAUAUAACCCCACCUGCAAUCCGUCGAUUGUUACCGAGUUUGCUGCUGCUGCGUUCAGGAUUGGCCACUCUUUAUUGAGACCACACAUCCCCAGGAUGAGUGCAUCUUACCAAAUCAUCGACCCUCCAAUACUCCUUCGCGAUGGAUUUUUCAAAACCGACAUCAUGAUGAGAGAAAGUAUGGUGGAUGAGAUAAUCAGAGGCUUAGUAUCUACCCCCAUGGAGACACUGGAUCAAUUCAUAACAGGAGAAGUGACAAACCAUCUCUUCGAAGACAGAAAAGUGCCAUUCUCCGGUGUCGAUUUGAUUGCACUCAAUGUCCAGAGAGCUAGAGACCACGGUAUUCCUUCGUAUAACAACUACAGGGCGUUGUGUAAUUUGAAAAGGGCCACCAGUUUUGAAGACCUGGCGAGAGAAAUCCCCCCAGAGAUCAUCGGGAGGUUCAAGAGGCUUUAUGCUACAGUGGACGAUAUUGAUCUUUUCCCCGGAGCUAUGUCUGAGCGGCCUCUGCAAGGGGGAUUGAUUGGUCCCACUUUUGGAUGCAUAAUUGCUAUCCAGUUCAGACAGUUGAGAAAAUGUGAUAGAUUCUGGUAA